AGAUAUGUUGUGCAACGGGAUCUCAUUUAAUAAGUGCGAGAUAGCGACUAUUAUAAUAGGCGUAGCAUGUUUGAUUGUUUCAAUCGUGACCUUUUGCGUGUUUCCUGUACUCUACCCAAAACAAGUCGUUGAGAAUCUAAAAUUUACUCAGAAUUACGAUGGAAGCUUAGGCUAUUCAGCUUAUCAAAUGUCCAAUCCACCAAUGAAGAACGUCAUGAAAUUUUACUUCUUCAACAUAACAAACCAAGACGAAAUGGUGUACGAAGGCGCCCAGCCACGUCUCAUAGAAACAAAGGCUUACGCUGUUAUCCAGUCGGAGCAAAAAAGGUUUAUGGAAUUCAGCGAGGAUGGGGAACAAUUAUAUUACGAGAAUUACAAGAGAUAUAUAAUCAGCAAAGAACAUACCUGUCCAGAGUGUUCCUGGGACGAUAUCGUGACUUUUCCAAACCCGACGGGAGUCGGUGCUGCAGCCAACAUUUACGAUCCUCGAUAUGACAUCACUCCGAUUGGACGAAAAAUUCUGGGUUUUGGUCUGUUGCUCGUUGGUGAUUAUCCCUUCGUCUCCCACACCGUCAAAGAAGUUCUGUUUGACGGAUACAAUGACGGUCUGCUUACAGUUGGCCACUCUAAAAUAAUCAGGGUUUUGAGUGACGCGCUUAACGGAGGUGUGAGUAUCAUACCGAUUCCCGUGCCACCGAUGCCGCUACUGGGUUUCUUCCAAGGGUACAACAAUAGCAAAGAUGAGGAUUACUGGGUGAGAACUGGUAAGACAGAUAUCGACCGAUUAGGUGAAAUAGUAACAUGGGCAAAUGUAAGCUCGCUACCAGAUUAUUGGUGGUCAACACCUUACGCAAGGAGCAUACGAGGUUCAGACUCUGCCAGUUUUUGCAAAAUGCAUUUGAAUGAAGACGAUAGGCUCGAUUUUUUCCAAUCGUUCAUGUGCCGAUCGUUUACGAAGACAUAUCUUGGUAAAACGGUUGUUCAUGGCAUUCCAGCGUACACAUUCUCUGUACCGUACGAGGAAUAUGACUCGACUGCAAAUAUAAAUGCUGGAUUUCGAUACACAAAUAUAGAGGAGGUUAACUACUACCCGGAUUGGCCAUCUUGUCCUGAACGCUUUCCUGAAAGUUGUAAAAAUCACUCUGCUGUAAAUUGCUCCUUGCAAGAAAAUCUCUGCCAUGACUGCUGCAAUAUGAGUUACGUAGAUGGGACAUAUCUGGUCCCCCCUGGAAUAUUUCCACUAGUUUGCUAUCCAGGUCGUCUUAAGCCUACUCCAUUUUCCGUGAUGUAUUCACCUCCACAUUUUGUGUACUCACCGCCAGAGAUGAUCAAUUCUGUAGUCGGACUACAUCCCGAUAUUGAAACGCACAGGCCGAUGGUGUACAAUCAUGAACCGUAUUCUGGUAGUGUAGUGGAAGUGUUCUAUCGACUACAGGUUUCAAUGCCGACGAUGCCCGUCAAAGGAGUUGUACCCAAUCGUGACCUCCCCGAGAAAAUUAUUCCAAUUUUCUGGGAGGAUUCUCACGCUGUUCUCAAAGAUUACGUUUAUGACAAGCUAUGGCUGGGCUUUGUGCUUGUACCAAAGUUGGUUACAGCCAUCGAGUUCACUCUGCUAGGAGUUGGAGUUAUACUUUUGCUGCUCAUCGCAUUGCUUCAAAUAUGGCGAAGGAGGAGAAGACCGGCUGAUUUUAUGUCGGAAUUGUGA